CAGAUAUGGGAGACAUGGGCGAUCCACCAAAAAAAAAACGUCUGAUUUCCCUAUGUGUUGGUUGCGGUAAUCAAAUUCACGAUCAGUAUAUUCUGAGGGUUUCUCCGGAUUUGGAAUGGCAUGCGGCAUGUUUGAAAUGUGCGGAGUGUAAUCAGUAUUUGGACGAAAGCUGUACCUGCUUUGUUAGGGACGGGAAAACCUACUGUAAAAGAGAUUAUAUCAGGUUGUACGGGAUCAAAUGCGCCAAGUGCAGCAUAGGCUUCAGCAAGAACGACUUCGUGAUGCGCGCCCGCUCUAAGGUGUACCACAUCGAAUGUUUCCGCUGUGUAGCAUGCAGCCGACAGCUCAUCCCGGGAGACGAAUUCGCGCUGCGGGAGGAUGGGCUUUUCUGCCGCGCGGACCACGAUGUAGUGGAGAGGGCCAGCCUAGGAGCUGGAGACCCUCUCAGUCCCUUGCAUCCAGCGCGGCCUCUGCAAAUGGCAGCCGAGCCCAUCUCCGCUAGGCAGCCAGCUCUGCGGCCGCACGUCCACAAACAGCCCGAGAAGACCACCCGAGUGCGGACUGUGCUCAACGAAAAGCAGCUGCACACCUUGCGGACCUGCUACGCAGCCAACCCUCGGCCAGAUGCGCUCAUGAAGGAGCAACUAGUGGAGAUGACCGGCCUCAGUCCCCGAGUCAUCCGGGUCUGGUUUCAAAACAAGAGGUGCAAGGACAAGAAACGCAGCAUCAUGAUGAAGCAGCUCCAGCAGCAGCAACCCAACGACAAAACUAAUAUCCAGGGGAUGACAGGAACUCCCAUGGUGGCUGCUAGUCCGGAGAGACAUGAUGGUGGUUUACAGGCUAACCCAGUUGAGGUGCAAAGUUACCAGCCGCCCUGGAAAGUACUGAGUGACUUCGCCUUGCAAAGUGACAUAGAUCAGCCUGCUUUUCAGCAACUGGUCAAUUUUUCAGAAGGAGGACCAGGCUCUAAUUCCACUGGCAGUGAAGUAGCAUCGAUGUCCUCUCAGCUCCCAGAUACACCCAACAGCAUGGUAGCCAGUCCUAUAGAGGCAUGAGGAAC